ACUUCAACAUAAUCUUUUUCUUUCUUUUCUGAGCCGCCUUCAAAGCUUCUCUUGCUAUAAUUUGAUUAGGUCUCGCCGACAUCACCAUGACAUUCUGGAUCAGAUCUUUGCCUCUCCUGGCACUGAUUGCUGUUUUGGCUCCUAUUGCUAGUCAUGCUUCCCCCAAUUAUUAUCUGUGUGGCCGCCAACUAGUGGAUUCCCUCAACCUUAUCUGUGGAGACCGGGGCUUCUACUGGGGCCCCAGAGAACGGCGGAACAUUGAAGAAUCCCUAGCAAGAGGCAUGGAGGCACUGUCAUUCCAGCCGCAGGACAAGAGAGGAAUUGUGGAGGAAUGCUGUGUCAACAUCUGCCCUCUCCAUGUGCUAGAGAACUACUGCAACUAGAAGAGGAAACCUGCUGGGGAGGCACGACAACUGCACCUUCCAAGUCAUUCAAUAAAAAUCCUUUGAAUC